AAUGCGUCAUUAAUAAAAUCACGUACGUCCACCGCCUCUCCCUCCAUCUUUCUUCACUACUUAAGAGCUUGUUUCCACGGUAUUUUUUUCUUCAGCAUUCAACAAUGGCUCUCCUUUAUCAACCACGUCUUCCUCUUCCUCUUCCUCUUCCUCUUCUUCUUCUUUUGCUGUUUUGCGUCAGUUCGGCUGUUUCAUCACCUAAGAUCAGCGCCGUUGAUCUGGCGGCGUUGUCGGCCAUUAAAGACAGCCUGACAGACAUUCCAGGCUCAAGAUUCUUCUCCACUUGGGACUUCACCGCACCGGAUCCUUGCUCCUCGUUCACCGGCGUCACCUGCGAUUUCAACGGUCGAGUCACCAUUCUCUCGCUCGGCACUGGCCUUUCCGACUCGCCAGGCCUCGCUGGCUCACUCUCCCCUGCUCUUUCCAACCUUACCAUGUUAGCCCAACUCAUCCUCUUCCCUGGUCUCGUCACCGGUCCUAUCCCUUCUCAACUGGGGCAACUCACUGGUCUCCGAGUCAUUUCCUUGACCAACAACCGCUUAACAGGACUCAUACCAUCAUCCUUCUCCACUCUCCCCUUCUUACACACGCUGGAUCUGAGUUCAAACCACCUCUCCGGCUCCAUCCCACCGGGUCUCACGAAGCUUCCAUCUUUAAAAAUCCUGGUACUGAGUUCAAACGAGCUGACGGGCGAGUUACAAUCAAAAGUGUCGGCCCGGUUAUUACACCUGGAUUUGAAGAAGAACAAGAUCAAUGGACCGUUGCCACGGUUGCCGUCAACCGUCCGUUACCUGUCAGUGUCGGAGAACUCGAUGUGGGGUCCACUAAGCUCACUGGAUUCACUAUCCGAGUUAGUGUACCUCGACGUUAGCAUGAACCGAUUCAGUGGGCCCAUCCCCGCUUCUCUCUUCUUUAAUAAUCCCUCCCUCACCUCGCUGUUCCUGCAACGGAACAAUCUAUCGGGUGGGCUCCCAUCGAUCAAGGUAGACCCCACCACGGUUCAAUCCUACGGCGAGGGAUCCAUCGUCGACUUGAGCCAUAACUUCAUCACGGGGGAGAUAACACCAUUGUUGGCCGGGGUCGAGACUCUGUUCUUGAACAACAACCAUCUGAUCGGAUCUGUCCCGGAGGAGUACGUUAAGUGCGUGUACGACGGCACCACCACAACAUUGUAUCUGCAACAUAACUAUUUAUCUGGAUUCCCAUUACCUCGAGGUUCGACUCUGCCUGAUACGGUGUCGGUGUGCUUGUCCUACAAUUGUAUGGAGCCGCCGGUUGGGAUAUCAGCCUGCCCGGCCAGUGCCGAAAGGGAUCCGUCGAGACCGAAAUCGCAGUGUUCAGUAUUCAGCCAUCAUGGCUCAGUGGACUGAAAUCGGAUAAGGUGGAUAUGGUUAUACGUUAGACAAAUAGACAUCACUUGUAAGCAAUGUUAGUGUGCGACUUCAAUACUACUAUACUGUCUUAGUUUCUUUUGGUUUUCAUUUACAUUAUAGGCUUUUUUCACCUUUAUAUAUUCA